AACACGUCAGGCAGGAGGUGGGAAAGGCCAAGGGCAAGCGCACGGCCAGUUUUGCCAAACAACCAUACACAUUGAUAUAUGGAAAGCAUUGAAGCCUUGACCGAUGUUGAGUGUAGGGCGGGCGAGGAAGCCUUAAAACGAAGAUACUGCCGGCGUGCGAACAGCAGCACCAGCACACCCGCGGGCCCCACGAUUCACUGCACGCAGCCAUGCUCCAUGGCGAUCAUCCAUGCGCAUGGAAAGGGAUCACGCACGACCACGCAAAAGACAACUGCUUCCCGAGACUGGACCAUCCACAAACGUCGUCUCCCCUCGGGCACAUCGCGUCAGCGCAAACGGAGACGGCCCUUCCUCCCGGCCAUGCUCCUCCUCGCGGGGGCCUUCGGAAAUACGGGACCAGGCAGCGAGCCGGUCGAGGCCUUCAUUCCCCCUAGGCACCAGGGCAUCGCCCCCUACCGGGAGCGAAGGCCACUCACACACACUCACCCAGGUCACUCUCACCCGGUGUUCAGGACCACGGGCGUGUCAGGGCGGUCAUGCCAAAGCUACCGCGACCACGGGCCUUUCAAGCGAGGCGGGGCCGUUGAGGACGGAGAGGAGCCUGGGAGUACUGAGGACAAGACCACACCUUCUUUUUCGGAGGACAGCGAUGGAUUCGCGGGCACAGGCCUCUCUCCCAAGGAAGCCCUUGUCACCAUCCUGGGAGUCAAUCCGCUCACCCUCCUCCUUGCCUUCCUGGCCGCCGGUAUGCUGACAGCCAAUGCUAUCUUGGGACCUGGCUGGCUCCGUCCUUCUGUGGGCUUAAAACCGACCACCUUCCAGUCGAGGAAUUUGGUCUUGCCGUUGGAUCAACCGGGCUUCCUCUUCCCAAAAGAUGCGUCCUUAUGGGGGGGGGACCCGGAGUGAGAGGGUCUGUGGAAGUCGAAACUGUCCGACGCUAGGAGAUAACCUGG